CUUUUAAAACAAUUAAAUUGUUUUAUUCAUUUAUAUUCAAAAGCUUUUUCUAAUAAGACAAAAUGACUUUUAUGGAAUGCAACAUUUUAUUAUGACAAUUAAUAUAAACAAUUGCCUCCUAAAAGGUAGAACCCAUGGAAAAAUUCCUUUUAAAAAAUUCCAAGCAGACCCGUAACUUUCACUGGACAAUUAACGGUCGAAUGUUUACAUCCAGAUUAACGACAAACGGAUAAUCAGUGCGUGCUCGAGUGUUGUUGAUCGAUUUACUCGAAAAUAAUCUGUUGUUUCGUUAUCGGGUCAGAAACCGUUCGUAUGCACCCAUUUGUUUUUGACCUUGUCCGAUCGUUUAGCAAAGUUAAACGGACGAUUCGUAGUCACCAUGUCUUCGGCGCCGCCACACUUCGUCCACCCGUUCAACCGUCCAUGGAUGAGGGACAACGGGGCGGCCGCCCCGGCCGGAGGCAAGGGACUUAAAGGAAUCAUAGCUGGGGGUAUAACCGGCGGCAUCGAAAUAUGCAUUACCUACCCCACGGAGUACGUGAAGACGCAGCUGCAGCUGGACGAGAAGGGCGACCGCAAAAAAUACAAAGGAAUUAUUGACUGCGGGGUGAAGACGGUUAAACAGAAUGGCCCCUUCGGCUUGUAUCGGGGUUUGAGCGUCCUGCUGAUGGGUUCGAUACCCAAAAGUGCUGUGAGAUUCGGUUCAUUCGAAAUGUUUAAGGGAAAGUUGGCGCAGUCGGAUGGUACGUUAACUCCUUUCGGCAGGAUGUUCUGCGGUUUGUGUGCAGGCUGUAGCGAAUCCGUUUUCGCCGUAACCCCCAUGGAGACCAUCAAGGUGAAGUUCAUCAACGACCAACGGUCGGCUAAUCCCAAAUACAAGGGGUUGUUCCACGGUGUUGGAAUGAUCGUUAGAGAACAAGGCUUGGGAGGUUGCUACAAGGGAGUAACAGCAACUACAAUGAAACAGGGUACAAAUCAGGCCAUGAGGUUCUUUGUGAUGGAAACGCUGAAAGAAUGGUACAAGGGUGGUGACCAAAACAAGUCAGUACCCAAAGCAGUCGUCGGACUUUUUGGCGCAGUAGCUGGAGCCGUUUCUGUAUUUGGUAAUACUCCCCUGGACGUCGUCAAAACGAGAAUGCAAGGACUAGAAUCCUCUAAGUACAAGAACACCUUGGACUGUGCAGUGCAAAUCUGGAAGCAUGAGGGUCCUGUCGCUUUUUACAAAGGUACCAUUCCUAGAUUGAGCAGGGUCUGUCUGGACGUAGCUAUUACGUUCAUGAUCUAUGACAGCUUCAUGGAUCUGUUCAACAAAGUCUGGCCUUAAAUGUCUUUUAAUUUAUACGUUUUUUUUUAUAUAAAUCCCGAAUCAAGAACUGAUCGUUGCCAUUUUUUAUAUAUGUGUACAUGUGUAAUUGUAGCCAUGACUUGAAAAUGACAUUCUUAUUGCAUUUAUUAUUUUAUACACUAACUUAUUCCAUUUUUUAUUGUAAUACAGUGCGACUGUAAACCUGCCAGAUAUAUUUUAUAUAGGUGUAUAUUUUUUUUGUAAUUAUUGUUUAUUUUUAUUGUUUUGUUUGAAAUUGUUGGAGUUUAAAAAUUGUUAUCGGAGCUUUUUAUGUCAUAUUUUUGUAAGUGUAAAAAUUGUUAUAUUAGGAACAAUAAAUGUGAAGUAAUUUUUA